UACGCCUCGAGGUUUCUCACCUCCACCGGUUCCAUCUCAUCUCAUGGCUUGUCCGUCUCGCCGCGCGUGGUCGGAUGGCCUCCCGCCCGAGCUACUCGCCAUAAUCGUCCUGCAGCUCAACUGCCUUGCCGACCGCGCCUGCUUCUCGGCCGUCUGCCGCGCGUGGCGUGACGCGGCGCCCUACGCCGACGCCCCGCAGCGCGGUGUCCCGUGGCUCCUCCUCCCGGCCCGCGACGCGCCGUCCUUCUUCAGCCUCCACUCUGGCGCCACGCGCCGCAUGCGCCUCCCCGAUGGCGUCCGCGGCACGCGCUUCUGCGGCGUCCACGACGGUGGCUGGGCCGCGGUCGCCGCCGAUACGUGGCGAGGCUUCGCGGUCGUCAACCUCUUCACCGGCGUGAGGCUCCCCCUCCCGGAGAAGCUGAGGGUCGAGGUCCCCCCCGGCGGCAACCACGACCAGUUCGCGUUGGCCGCCGGCUUCACCCGCCACCACAUGCUCAUCCGCACCGUCGUCUUCUCCUGCCCUCCCACCUCGCCGUACUGCAUCGCCGCCGCGCACGUGUCCAGCGCCUCCAACAUCGCCUUCUGCCAGCCGGCGUCGCUGUCCACCAGCUGGACCGCGUACCGGCGCGACAUGGACAUCAUCCAGGACCUCAUCUUCCACAGGGGAGCGCUGCUGCAGGGCUUCCACGUCCUCACCAACAAGGAGGAGGUCCUGGUGUACGCGCCCACGGCGCCCCACCGCCCCGGCGCGCCGCUGAAGCUCGCCUGCACCCGCUACUCGCUGCGGCCCCGCGACGACUACCAGCCCGACGACGCCCUGCCGCCGACGUUCAUCGCGACCCGCUACCUCGCCGAGUCCCGCGGGAAGCUGCUCAUGGUGCUGCGCCACUACACCGGCAACCCCGUCGUGCGGCGCCGCACCCGCAUGUUCCGGAUCUUCGAGCUGACGUUCGGCGAGCCGGCGGAGCCCAGGCGCGCCGCCACCCCGUGCUGGUGGGUGGAGAUCCCCGAGCUGACCGGCCGCGCGCUCUUCCUCGGCCGCAGCUGCUCCAGGUCCGUCGAUGUGGCGCAGUUCCCCAUGCUCCAGGAGGACACCAUCUACUUCCUCGACGACGCGAACCUCGACCUGUCCAUGGUGCUCAACAACGGGAGCACGUACUGCAACGUCGACAUGGGCAUGUACAGGAAGGGCGAGAAGAUCAGGCCUGGCGCUCGCCAAUUCCCCCGUGAAUUCACUGCAGACUGCUCGCCUCCGAUCUGGCUCGUCCCCUGAUUAUUCAGUGGGUAUUCCAGCGUGUUACUGCCUGUCGUUUGGGAUUUACUCCAUUAAUAAAUCGCUGGCAGUUCUGUAGGGUUUCAGAAAAAUGAAAAAUGUAUCUUGACAUGUUGUAAUCAGGGUUUCAUUUACCGCCGGGGCCGCGGUUACCGCGCCCCGGCGGUAAGCACGGUUACCGCACGGUAACCGCGGUAACCGUGACAAACCGCGACAAACCGUACAAAAUUUAUCAAAAAUUCAAAUUAUUUUUCAAAUUUAUUUGAAUUUGACGCGGUUACCGCGGUUUACCCCUUACCGUACCCCCGCGGUAAGCGCGGUAACCGCGGUAACCGCGCGGUUUACCGCGGUAAAUGCAACCCUGGUUGUAAUCACCAAUGAAAUCCUCGUCGUGUCAUUGAUGCUCAA